AAAAGUCAUUCUAACAACUUCACCAUAGAAUUUUCCUAAAAUCUUUUCCUCCAAGUCCCCAAACCCCAAUCGCCCAAACGGACUCUCCGCUUCUCCGUUCAAUCGCUGCCAUCGCCAACUGUAAUCGCCGCUUUCAACACUUCCGUUCAACUCCUUCCCCAGGAAUUUGAAUUUGAAGUAGAAGAAAGAUGGGUGAAAGGAAGGUUUUGAACAAGUAUUACCCACCGGAUUUCGAUCCGGCUAAGCUUCCUCGGGUAAGAAGGCCGGAGAAUCUGCAAAUCAAUGUUCGUAUGAUGCUUCCGAUGAGCAUUCGAUGCAAUACCUGCGGGAAUUACAUUUAUAAAGGAACCAAGUUCAACUCCAGAAAAGAAGAUGUUAUUGGGGAGACAUAUCUGGGAAUUCAAAUUUUCAGAUUCUAUUUCAAAUGCACCCGGUGUUCGGCUGAACUUACCAUGAAGACUGAUCCGCAGAAUUCAGAUUAUGUUGUUGAGUCUGGUGCUACCAGAAAUUUUGAACCUUGGCGUGCAGAGGAUGAGGAAACUGAUGAAAUGAAAAAGAAGAGGGAAGCCGAAGAAAUGGGAGAUGCAAUGAAGUCGUUAGAGAAUAGAACCCUGGAUUCCAAAAGAGAGAUGGACAUCCUUGCUGCACUGGAUGAGAUGAAGUCAAUGAAGUCUAGGCAUGCAACUGUCAGUGUUGCUGAAAUGCUUGUGGCGUUGCAACGUACAGCAGCGGACAAGGAGAAAAGAAUUGAAGAAGAAGAUGAAGCACUGAUAAAAUCAAUUUUCUCGAAUAAGUCAGAAGUUCCUAUCAGCAGAAUUCGUGAUGAAGAUAUUGAAGACGAAGAGGAAUUGUUUCAGUUUUCAAAUGGACAUGGUGAAACAUCCAAUGAUAAUCCAAAGAGGCAAAAAAUUUCCGAAGAUCUUCCUCGAAAAGCAACUGACACCUUGACAAAAGCCAGUUUGGAUGAUUCUGACAAACAAGAAAAAUUGACCGCCGGUCGUCGAAAGUCUAAUCCCUUGGUGACGAUUGCUGUUAUUAAGAAACCAGGGAUCUCUAAUGUUAGAAGUGCUGAAGAAGACAAACAAAAGAAAAAAGAGGAAGAUAAUAAAACAAAUACUACUUGGGGGACUACUAUCUCUGUGUCAAAGCUAUGGAAGUAGUGACGAGGAAUAGUUUUCAUAAACAGUUGGGAUGACUAUGUAUUCAACAGUUGCUUCCAAUGGAUUGUAUAUUGUGAUUCAGAACAUAGAUUCUUAGUUUUCAAGUUUUUGCAAAUUUCAUGUUGUCAUAUUGUUCAAGAUUAAUGGAGAAAAUGAAGAAAAGGAAUUUGACUCAAUUCUUGUUUUCCCUUUUUGUUUUUUAA